AUGGCAUACAAAGCUCAAGCUGUUCGGAAUAGCUUUACAGCAACUGGAUUAGUACCAUUUAAUCCAGAUCGAGUUUAUCAACAGCUUACUGUUCGAUUGAAGACUCCAACACCCCCUCCAAGUCGAUCAAGUGAUACACAAUCAUCCUGCUUGCAAACCCCUCAAAACCCACGUCAAUUUAAGCGCCAAAUGACUACAAUGAAGAAGAGAAUAAGCUGGCAUACAAGAAGUUCAUCCGAGGCUAUUGGUGAAGUGUUUACACGGGCAUCAAAGGCUUAUGAGAAGGAACUCCAUGAUCUACGGGCUGCACAUGAGAAGGAGAAGCAAAAACGCCAAAAAUCUAAAAAGCAAAUAUCCCAUGAUCAUGGAAUUACCAGAGAGGAAGCUCAGGCACUUGUACAAGGUCAGAUUGAGGCAUCUCAAGCUGUUACUACUGCUCCAGCCGAGCCUGAGCUCCCAGUCUCUCAUCCACCUGUACGACGUCAAUUUCGCUGCAGUGGUUGCGGUAUUGAAGGACAUAAAAUAACCGGAUGUCCUAAUCGUACUAGGAGUUAAUUCUUUUGUAUAUAAUUUGUAUGUGGUUAGAAAUUGAGAUUUGAGAUCAAUAUUUUGUACGCGUUCGGGAAAAAGUGGUGGUUCGCUUGUGGAUUACGUUAGUUAGUUAACACAUCAACAUCCGGAAUCUGAUCACGUGCUGAAAAGCCC